UGACUCGCUCUUUGACAGAGGAAGGAAGAGAGAUCGAGCCAGCCGACAGCCUUCCAUAGCAUUUGAUAUCGUUAAUAAAAUCUGCCUUGUGUCUGUGGCGUUUUAAAAGACGGAAUCAUGUCGAAGAACACUGUGUCCGAUCGUUUCAGGAAAGUAGAUGUGGACGAAUACGACGAGAACAAGUUUGUAGACGAAGAGGAUGGGGGCGAGAACCAACUCGGUCCAGAUGAGGCAGAAGUUGACUCCCUUGUCAGGCAGGGGAACCUGAUGGGUGCCCUGCAAGCUGUCCUGAAGAACCCUCCAAUCAACACAAAGAACCAGAACGUCAAGGACCGUGCUGAGGGAUUGGUGCUCAAGGUGCUCAGCUCGUUCAAGAGCAGCGAUAUCGAGAAGGCGGUGCAGUCACUGGACAAGACCUCGGUGGACCUGCUCAUGAAGUACAUCUACAAGGGCUUCGAGAAGCCAUCGGAGAACAGCAGCGCCGUGCUGCUGCAGUGGCACGAGAAGGCUCUAUCAGCAGGAGGGGUUGGCUGCAUAGUGAGGGUACUGACAGCCAGGAAGACCGUUUAAGCAGCUGCCGGGUUGCUCUCUGUCAGACACACACAGACACACACAGACACACACAGACACACACAGUCACACACACACACACACACGCACACACACAGGAGUAUGAGCUGGUACUUUAAUACAGGGUCCUGUGGUGAAAUGCCCUUUCCUCAUAUCUAUUCUUUCUCUCUUUAGUUUCCAAGCUAUUUAACAGAGCUUUUACACACACACACACACACACACACACACACAGAAAAACAUGCUUCAUUGAGCUUUCAGGCCAUCUGUGUUCUACUUCCACCCGUACACACACACACAUGUUGUACUUACUGACACCAACAGCAGUGCCAUCACUUAUGUUAGUUUUUUAGCUUCGCUUCUCUCAGGAAAGCCUCCCGGCUUGUCACCUUAAGAACACACCUAGCAGUUUUAUUUUUUAUUACUACACCACAUUUUAAACACAUCAGUGGUUGGACUUUGGACUCCGCCUCCUCCAACCCCACUGCACCCUAGUCCGCGUGGUUCCGACUCUAGAGGGAUCAUGGACUAGAUCGGCGGUCAGCUGAGUGGACUUGACCCAAUCCCACUCUCCCAGCACGUUCAUGCCAGUCCACUGGCCUUGGUGUGGUCCGCUGCACCGCUAAGGACUAGUCAUCGCCUCUUAACAUUGUGCACUCAGACGGAGAUGCCUUGCACGCGUCUGUGGUCCUUUGAGAAGGGACUCGGCCAGACAUCUGGGACUUUGCUGUCAGUGGAACUCACUCACCCCCACCACCACCACCACCACCACCACCACCCUCCUUCACCUUUUCCAACCCAGCCUGAGUGUGACGGAUGCAUUGCGGUAAAAGUGCAGACCAACGGUUGUUGCCGACUCUCUUAGGACAAUAGAGUUAUGUCUAUUGUUAUGUCUCUCUCUCUCUCUGUUCGUCUGGUUGUUUUGUCUAGUGUGCCGGCAGAUGGGACACAUCUGCUCUCUGACCAGUGUACCACCUGCACGUGACCUCUGAGGCAGGAGUGCUGCGCUCGCUGUACAACAGAAAAAAAGAACAUCAGUCUGAACUCACAACGGUGCUUCAAGGAUUUAGCCUGUUUGGUUUACAUUGCACGCGUCUGUAGUCCAUUGG